UAUAUCCAAUUGGAAUUGAUUUGGGAACGACAUAUUCCAGCGUUGCUGUUUACCGAGACGGUAGAGCUGAAGUAAUACCUGACAAAAAUGGAGAUCGACUCAUUCCGUCCAUAGUUUUUUUUGAUCCGCUCAGUGGAAAACCUACGGUGGGAAAAUCUGCAAUUAAUUUGGGAGUGCGAUGUCCUGCCAAUUGCCUGAAAGAUGCCAAGAGGAUUAUCGGCAGGAAAUUUGAUGACGACUACAUAUCAAGAGCCUGCAACCUGAAAACCACAGAUUUCAUGCUGGCACGUUGGACUGAUGACAGCACCGUUUACCAGCUCACAAUUGGUGGUAGGAAAUCAUUCAAAACACCGGAAGAAGUCAUUGCUCACAUAUUGGUAUACUUGAAGCAGAUGGCUUCUGAAUAUUUGAACACAAAGGUGAAAGAAGUGGUGGUUGCAAUACCAGCUCACUUCAACAUCUCGCAGAGACUGGCAAUGAAAAAAGCCGUUGAGCUGGCAGGUCUGAAGUUACUGAAAUUCAUUUCAGAGACAAGUGCUGGAGCUUUACAUUACAUCAGAGAUACAAACAAAAUUUCAAAGAUAUUGGCUUUCGAUUGGGGUGGUGGAAAAAUUGAUGUCUCUGCGAUUCUUCUGAAGGACAAGAUCUUCGAAGUUAAAGCUGUUGCCGGGAACACACUACUAGGAGGGACUGAUAUAGAUGAAAGAUUACUGAAAUUCCACAGUGGAUGUUUCACUAGCCGAAUCAAACAUAGGCUUAUGAAAGGUUGUGUUGACUUGAAACACCAGUUAUCUUCUAAUUCAGAAUAUUCUGUCACCAUCGACUGCUACGAUGGAUUAAACGAUCUGAAUUUGGUACUGAGUAGAUCUGAACUGGAAGAUAUCAAUAAAGAUAUUAUUGAAAAAGUAAUCAACACAAUCGAUCUUUGUCUUGAUGAUGCAGGCUGGACCAUAGAUUCAAUAGAUGAGUUAGCGUUACUUGGUGGAUCUACAAGAAUGCCUAUAAUCCGGGAACAGGUCAUGACAAAGUUUCCAGGUGUGACAAUGAGGUCUGACUUCAAUCCAGACGAAGCUGUUGCCUCCGGUGCAUGUUUGGAAGCUUUUUGGAUCAGAAACCCUUCUGAAAGUAAUUGCAAAAUGAUACAUGCUACUCCACUGUCAAUUGGUCUUGAAUGCUAUGGUCACUUCAUGGAUGUAUUUAUUGAAAGGAAUUCAUCUCUACCUGUGAAAAAAAGUAAGAGAUUUCGCACCUCUGAGAACUAUCAAGAGAAUGUCACUUUCAAAAUUUAUGAGGGUGAUAGAGAAAACUGCACGUUCGCUUUGGAUCAUAAUGGUUUCCUGAAAAUAGAAGCAUCUGAAGAUUCCGAUGGAGAAAUUAACAACCUCUUGAUCAAAACUGUGAUUUAG